AUCUAAUUCACUUGUUCUCGGCAGCUAGCAUUCGAAUCCUGACUUUUCAAAUACAAAUUAUCGGUCAAGAUGGGUGUGCGUUACGUUCAUUUACAAAUCACUAAAAAUGAGUGGUGAAUAAUCAUUUGGACAAUACGGAUACAUUCAUCGAAGUUGACUCCAUUAUCCUACCGUCGUCUCCUAACAAUCGAAGCACAACUUUGCAAUGGCAGCAUCUUCCGAAAUACUCCCGGAGUCGUGGCAAGUGUUCAUCAAUUUCCGAGGAGCAGAUUUGCGCAACGGUUUCAUCAGCCAUCUGGCGGGAGCUUUGACCUCAGCUGGAAUCACAUACUACAUCGACACGGAAGAAGUCCCGAGCGAAGAUCUCACUGUCCUUUUCAAGAGGAUAGAGGAAUCGGAAAUCGCACUGUCCAUCUUCUCGAGCAAUUAUGCUGAGUCAAAAUGGUGUUUGGACGAGCUCGUGAAGAUCAUGGAACAAGUAAAGAAAGGAAAGCUCAGAAUCAUGCCCGUCUUCUUCAACGUGAAGCCAGAGGAGGUGAGAGAGCAGAACGGAGAGUUCGGACUUAAGCUUUACGGAGAAGGUAAAAGCAAACGACCCAACAUACCUAAUUGGGAGAACGCUUUGCGGUCUGUCCCAAGCAAGAUAGGCUUGAAUUUGGCGAAUUUUAGAAACGAGAAGGAACUCCUUGACAAGAUCAUUGACUCCAUCAAAAAAGUACUUGCCCGAAUUACACGAGCAAGCAGAGUAGCAGAAUCUCUAAACGGGAUCUCAAAAGACUCAGAGGCAAAGAAUGUAGACACAUUUUCGCCAAACUCCAGUGAUUUUCCAUCUACUUCCAUUGACGACGACCUCAGUAUCAACUCGCCUCAGUACCAAGCCACAAUUCCCCCCGCAAGCAGGGAAGGUGAACGUCUCAACACGAUCUCUACUGUAAGUUCAACUGGUAGUAUUGAACAUCCUCCACCCAACUACGGAAUAGAACCACGCCUUAAGGAGAUGGAAGAAAAGUUAGAUUUUGAUAGCCUCGAAACUAAAACUGUUGGAAUUGUUGGGAUGCCUGGGAUUGGUAAAACCACUCUUGCAGAAACGUUGUAUAGAAAGUGGGAACACAAGUUUGAGAGGAGUAUGUUUUUCCCAGAUGCCAGUAAGAUGGCGAAUGAACACGGAAUGUGUUGGCUGCAGAAGAGAUUAUUGGAAGAGCUGUUGAAGGAUACUAAUCUCAACAUAGGAUAUACAACGAAUGAACAUGAGUUUUGUAAGGAUGUUCUUCUCCUAAAGAAAGUUUUUCUUGUCAUAGAUAAUGUUAGUAGCGAGGAACAGAUCGAAACUCUUUUUGGUAAAUGGAAUUGGAUUAAAAAUGGAAGCAAGAUUGUUAUUACGUCAAGUGAUGAGUCAAUGCUCAAGGGUUUCGUUAAAGAUACUUAUGUAGUCCCAAGUUUGAACAGCAGAGACAGUCUACUGUGGUUUACUAAUCAUGCAUUUGGUUUGGAUGAUGCCCAGGGAAACUUGGUAAAGUUGUCCAAACACUUUCUGAAUUAUGCCAAAGGCAACCCACUAGCCCUCGGAGCUUUUGGUGUAGAACUUUGUGGGAAAGACAAGGCUGAUUGGGAAAAGAGAAUAAAAACAUUGACACUAAUUUCCAAUAAGAUGAUCCAAGAUGUCUUGAGAAGAAGGUAUGAUGAACUCACAGAGAGGCAGAAAGAUAUUUUUCUUGACGUCGCAUGUUUCUUCAAAUCAGAGAAUGAAAGUUAUGUACGACACGUGGUGAAUUCAUGUGAUUCUGAGUCUACUAAGAGUUGGGAUGAAAUAACAGAUCUCAAAGGAAAGUUUCUUGUCAAUAUUUCUGGUGGUCGAGUUGAGAUGCAUGAUAUACUAUGCACAUUCGCCAAGGAACUUGCUUCACAAGCAUUGACUGAAGAUACAAGGGUUCAUCUCAGGCUGUGGAACUAUCAAGAUAUCAUGUGGUUUCUCAACAAUGAAUUGGAAAUGGAAAAUGUCAGAGGUAUUUUCUUAGACAUGUCUAAAGUUCCGGAGGAAAUGACAUUUGAUGGUAACAUCUUUAGCAAUAUGUGCAAUCUUCGAUAUCUCAAAAUAUACAGUUCUGUUUGCCAUAAGGAAGGCGAAGGUAUCUUCAAAUUUGACACAGUUAGGGAAAUUCAGUUACCAUUAGACAAGGUACGCUAUCUCCACUGGAUGAAAUAUCCAUGGGAGAAACUUCCAUCAGACUUCAACCCGGAGAAUCUCGUUGAUCUUGAACUGCCUUAUAGCUCCAUUAAGAAAGUUUGGGAGGGUGUUAAGGAUACCCCGAUACUAAAGUGGGCCAAUCUAAGCUAUUCAAGUAAGUUGACUAACCUUUUAGGGUUGUCAAAUGCUAAAAAUCUUGAAAGAUUGAAUCUUGAAGGUUGCACAAGUUUGCUUAAACUGCCCCAAGAGAUGGAGAACAUGAAAAGUCUUGUCUUCCUGAACAUGAGACGUUGCACUAGUCUCACAUGUCUUCAAAGUAUUAAAGUGAGCUCUCUGAAAAUUCUCAUACUCAGUGACUGCUCAAAACUUGAGGAAUUUGAGGUGAUUUCGGAAAAUCUGGAAGAAUUAUAUUUAGAUGGAACUGCAAUAAAGGGACUUCCUCCAGCGGCCGGGGAUCUGACGAGACUUGUCGUCUUAAAUAUGGAAGGCUGUACAGAACUGGAGAGUCUUCCCAAACGUCUUGGAAAACAGAAAGCUCUUCAAGAACUGGUACUCUCUGGAUGUUCAAAGCUCGAGAGCGUUCCAACGGACGUAAAAGACAUGAAACAUCUACGGCUCUUAUUGCUUGACGGCACAAGAAUCAGAAAGAUCCCGAAGAUAAAGUCGCUAAAGUGUUUGUGCUUAAGUAGAAAUAUUGCAAUGGUCAAUCUACAAGAUAAUCUCAAAGAUUUCUCUAAUCUGAAAUGUCUUGUCAUGAAGAACUGCGAGAAUCUCAGAUAUCUUCCUUCGCUUCCAAAAUGUCUUGAGUACCUAAACGUAUAUGGUUGUGAAAGACUAGAAUCAGUUGAGAAUCCACUGGUUGCUGAUAGGUUAACGUUAUUCCUUGAUAGAUCUGAGGAAUUACGUUCCACUUUCUUGUUCACUAAUUGCCACAAUCUGUUUCAAGAUGCAAAGGACUCAAUCUCAACCUACGCGAAAUGGAAAUGCCACCGACUUGCAGUUGAAUGCUACGAACAGGACAUAGUUUCUGGAGCUUUUUUCAACACUUGCUAUCCUGGAUAUAUAGUCCCUUCGUGGUUCGAUCACCAAGCAGUUGGAUCAGUCUUAGAGCCAAGGCUGGAACCACAUUGGUAUAACACUAUGCUUUCUGGGAUAGCUCUAUGUGCAGUUGUAUCAUUCCAUGAGAACCAAGAUCCGAUCAUCGGCAGUUUCUCAGUAAAAUGCACAUUGCAAUUUGAAAACGAAGAUGGGUCUCUUCGCUUUGAUUGUGAUAUCGGAUGUUUGAACGAACCAGGAAUGAUUGAGGCAGACCAUGUUUUUAUCGGCUAUGUCACUUGCUCACGUUUGAAAGAUCACCACUCUAUACCUAUUCAUCACCCUACAACUGUAAAAAUGCAGUUCCACUUGACUGAUGCUUGUAAAAGUAAAGUGGUGGAUUGUGGGUUCCGUUUGAUGUACACCCAGAGCCGUGGCUGUUUGUUAGAGGAAGAAGUCAACGCCAACUUCACUAAAUUAUACUUGGGUUUAUUGUAAAAGUAGGCAGUUUUUAGAAAAUUAUUUGAGAACUAGACAGUUUUUUUGGAAAUAUGCUGAGAGAGUACUUUUUAUUGGGCUUGUCUAAUAGGAUUCAUGUGAGAUAGAAAAAAGUAGCAAAAAUCCAAAAGAGGUGUCAAAUACAAUAGUAGCCUUGUGUUUUAAAAACACACAUUCCGGCUGGGUUCGACGAAACAAAUUGGAUUGGGUUUUAAAACUCAUUUUAGGCCCGUUAACUCCAAUUCGUAUUAAGUGAGCCCAAAUAUUUGAGCCCGAUAGUUUCAUUACGUUUUUUAUCCAAAUAACUUCUGAGCCCGUGUUUAUUCUGAGAUUGAGUUACUUUACUCUUCUUGGUUUUUCACGAACCCUAGCCACAGUCGGUGUACAACAAAUCGAGG